AUGCAGUCAAUCACAGCAAGAAGCCGACCGGCACUAAGGAGCGCUCAGCUCUGUUUCCGUUACCGUUAUGCGACCGACGCACCCUCGUCGGCGCCGCCGCUUCUCCUCAAGCUCCGCGGCGACCUGAAGACAGCCAUGAAGGCCAAAGACACAAACCGCCUCAAUGUACUGCGCGGUCUGCUGGCCGAAGUCACCAAUGCCGCAAAGACACCUCAGCCUCUGGACUCAGACAUGAAGCUCCUUGGUCUGUUGCGCAAGCGCUCAUCCGCAGCCGCCCACGCAGCCAAGGAGUUUUCUGCUGCUGGCAGAGCAGACUUGAGUGAAAAGGAGGAUGCGGCUAUCAAGGUGCUGGACGAAUAUGCUGGCAGCGUCGAGACUGUCAGCGAGGACUACAUCAAGGAGGUUGUGCAGAGCACCAUUGACACCAUCAAGGCCGAGGCCGAGGGCGCAAAGGUUGUCAUGGGCGAUGUCCUCAAGAAGCUGUUGGCCCCUGGAGGUGCUUUCGAGGGUAAGCCUGUCGAGAAGUCGCAGGUUGCAAAGGCUGUCAGACAGUUCCUGGACGCAAAGUAA